CCGGUACCUCUGCUAGUACUCCCGUAUGUCAAACCGUGCCCUAAUGGCUGGACUAAAUAGUUUAAAUAUAUCAGCUUUCUCGGCGGCAUAAAGGCUGAGCGUCAAUUCUGCGCCCUAGAAUAUGUCGGGAAAUUGGGUACUGCAUGAUCAGGGAGGGCGGAACUACUGUGCCGUAAUGUCGAUCUGUCUCGCUGUUCAUUCAAGACUGUCGCUCCUCGAGCGCUAUCUUGACAGAAGAUUUGGCGUCCUCAAUUUUUGAUCACAAGUUUGUAAGACAGCCUUUUGUCAUCAUAGACAUCGCACUUGCACCAGAUGGCGGCAAACAUUCAAGAUGACGCGUGUGAUGUCAAUAAGUAUUCCUUCCCACCUAAUUCGAUUCAGGAGCCGCAUCCACAGCCAUGGUUAGAGGUACCUGGACCGCGAGACGAGCAAGGAACCCCUGGCUUACAACCCGUGCCUCAUGAACCAAAAUAUUCGCGUACGGAAAUUCAAGGACUAUAUGGUGGUCGCCCACAACAGCAUCUGCAGCCAGACCACUUGCAGGACCAGCAAGACCAAAAUCAUUGGGAACAACCAGUCCAGGGAGAGCAUGACCACUUGGGACAGCCGGCUUACGAACAAUAUAGCCAGUGGACAAGGCAGCGGGCAGAGCAGGCACAGUGUUCUCAACCAUAUCCGUAUCAUGGAGCACCUUACAACGCGCAAUUUCAGGGAAACUUGUUGCCUGAAGUCGUUUCACAUUCUGACAUACGUUCUAUGCAAGCCCUGCAACCGAUCACAUGGGCUACCGCGUCCCAGAUGAACGGCUCUUCGACUGUGGAAAGCGUGGACGUACCUUUCGUGAAGAACGAAAAUGUUUCAGCAAAAAGUGAGAUGAAAGCUCGCCAAAGGAAGCGGAAGUGGUGGAUCAUCGCUGGAAUAGUGGCAGUCGUCGACUUGGAUUUGAUGUUCCCGUUGAAGGAGCAAAAGGAGGGCACAUAUGCCUAACCUGUAUGUAUUGUAGCUAACUCUGGU